AACGAGAAGUCCUCUCCAUUGUCUCCUCGCCCUUUGAAGGGCCACCGCCCCUCCACCAUCCGCACCACCUUUGCCACCACAACCGGAGGUCUAGUACUAUCACAACCCCGUAGAUCCUAAUUACUGGAAAUUUCGAAGCCUGUCAUCGAGUAAUAGUCACUGUUUUUAGGACCAAAAAUGGCACAAGAAGAAGAAGCCCUAGAUAAACCUCAGUCUCAAGCUACUUCCUCGUCUUCAGAUCCUUCUUUAUCCAGAAACUUGUCGUUUAGUAAGCUCAACGCGCAGGCGGCUGCUUUCGUGCCCACUCGGAAUCCUACAACUCGCUCAGAUCCACCUCAACAUCACCAGCAGCAGCGGCUAGUGAUCCCUCCUCCUCCUAUGGUCCAUGUAUAUCCACCUGCCGCUUCUGCUUCUCCCACUCGUCCUCAUCCUCCUCCUCCUCCACCAUUUCAUGUCCCUGUACACAGUCCCGUGCCCAUGCCAACGUAUGUGAUUCCCAUCCAGAACCAUCAUCAUCACCACAAUCAACACCAUAAUAAUCAGAGGAAUCAUCAUCGACAUCAAAAUCAUCAUCACCAUCAUAGUCAGCAGCAUCAGUAUGUGCCGGUGCACUAUCACGGCCAUGAUCAGUAUCAUGGCAGUGGUGUUGGAGAGCAGGAGGUUGAAGUUUCAACGAAGAAGGGGCAUCAGGCAACGCAAGCUCAGGGAGAGCAAAAGCACGGCGGUCCCCCAUCGGAAAACGGGGUAUCAGAGGAAGCCGUACAAAAGAUUUUGAAUCAGGUGGAGUAUUAUUUCGGUGAUCUUAAUUUGGCCACUACCGAUCUUCUGAUGAGGUGCAUUAGCAAAGAUCCAGAAGGAUAUGUGCCCAUAUCUGUUGUUGCAUCUUUCAAGAAGAUAAAAGCCCUCGUAAAUAGUAAUUCUCAGCUUGCCACUGUUCUGAGGACUUCACCAAAGCUUGUAGUCAGUGAGGAUGGGAAGAAAGUUAGACGACAGCAUCUCUUAACUGAGUCUGACAUGGAAGAAUUGCAAUCUCGCAUAGUACUUGCUGAAAAUUUACCUGAAGAUCAUAGCCACCAAUAUCUCAUGAAAAUUUUUUCUUCAAUAGGGAGUGUGAAAACAAUUCGUACUUGUCAGCCUCAACCUCAAGCCUCUUCUCGUGGGACUUCUUCAGCAUUGAGAAUGGCAAAGGCUGAUGGCAUGCAUUACAGUAAUAAGCUGCAUGCAUUCGUGGAAUACGAGUCUGUUGAGCUUGCCGAGAAAGCAGUUGCAGAGCUAAAUGAUGAGGGAAACUGGAGGAGUGGCCUUAGGGUCUGUUUGAUGCUCAAACGCGCGACAAAAUCUGCUCAAGCGCUAGGGAAGAAAGGGAAUGAUGGGGAACGACAUUACGAGGAAGAGGAUACUUCAACAUCUGAUCUGUGGCCUAAUGAUAAACACGCUAGAGAUUCUUCCCAACACUUUGAUGUCCACUCAGACGAUCUUACAGGAGAGGGGCAUGUCAAUGACAAGGAGGGCAUUGGUGUGCCAAAAAAGGGACGCAACAGGGGACAUGGCAAGGGUCGUGUGCGGACUCAAUUCCAGCAGAAUAAUCACGGACACCACGUGGGAACACCCCCUUCAAAUAAAAUGGUUUUCACUGAGCAUCAAACUGCAGUAAAGCAACCUCCUGGGCCACGAAUGCCUGAUGGUACAAGAGGGUUUGCAAUGGGUCGGGGGAAGCCACUGGCUGUUAACACAGAAUCAUAUAUAUUAUAGAUUACAUGUUUUCUUAAUUUAUAAUGCAUGCAACUGUAUCAUGGGAUAUGAUGAACCAUUACCAAGUCGUGUAGAUGGUGGGGUUUUAGAAUGGCCACUCAUCUUAGUUUUUUAGAGGUUCUGCUCGUGUUCGAUGUCUGGAAUUGAAACAUGAUUUUUUUUUGCCUUUCGUCCCUGUAAGGGUCCUCAAUACCUGUAGUACAUGAAAAUGCCAACAAAAAUAUGCUAUUGCAAUGAAUCCCACUUACAUGGUU